CCGGCAGCAGAGCAGCGAGCAGCAGUUCAGUUCGUAAAGAGAAACCACUGGAGAGACUUUUAGAGACAGAAACCCAGGACAGGACGGGGAGAGAAAAGGAAGCCGGUACCGUGGAGGAGUCUGUUGUUGGAGGACAACACCAACUCGACAGCGAAAGGGAAGAAUCGAGCUAAAAGGAGCUGUCAUUUUUAACUUUUAAAUUAACGGCUCAACAGUCACUUCUUUGGCAGGUUAGCUUAACCUAGCUUCUCGGCUAACACCUCUUCCUCUUCUCCACCGGGAGAAACUGCACCUGUCCCGGCUGUCAGCCACACAGUCACCUGGUGUAAACUCAAAACAAUGUGAUGCUCCAUUUUGAAUGACUUUUCUCGCCCGGAGGAGGGUUUAACACACACUUUGCCAAGCGACAACCAGUGAGAGCUAACUAAUCCAAGCUAACAAGUUGACGUGGAGGAGGAACUCAAAAUCUUUUUUUUUUUUUUUUGGAUCGUUGAUCUCCAAGCUGUGAUUUAAUACGGAUUACUUUUUUGUUGUUGUCUCCUAAACUAUCUCUGAAAAUUACAGAUUUACAAAACCAGCCAGUUAGCUAUGUUUAUUUGUGGCCAGAAAGUAAUUUCCAGUGUUUACAAAUCCCACAGUGGGACUCUUUCCUGGUUCCAGUACUGCACUGGGAACAUUAGCUAACACAGACUGGUGUGUUUACUAGAUUAGAUAGGACACAGUGUUGCCAAACAAGUUAAAAAGAAUCUACAAAUCAUCUUGUAAUUGCAGUUUUUUGUGUGAUCUGACAUUACUGCACACCUGAAACUAAAAAAACAGAUUUAAAAUAUCCUGCAAAUCAUCUUGUUCUUGCAGUUUUGUGUGUGAUUUGACAUUACUGCACACCUGCAACUAAACACCAGUGUGUGUGUGUGUGUGUGAUCGCAGCCCUUUACCUCCACUUGACAGUGAAGUCACGUGGAGUGGUUUUCCGCAGGGAGUUGAUCCAUUGAUCGGAUCGUUAUUGUGCUAUUUUAGCUGAUUGAGGAAAGAAAAGGCAGAAGGAUAGAGAGAGAGAGAGAGAGAGAGAGAGAGAGAGAGAGAGAGAGAGAUGUCGGGCCAAUCUAUCACGGAUCGGAUCGCAGCAGCCCAGCACAGCAUGACCGGCUCUGCCAUCAGCAAGGCGGUGUGCAAAGCCACCACGCAUGAAGUCAGUGGACCCAAGAAGAAACACCUUGACUAUCUGAUCCACUGCACCAAUGAGAUGAAUGUGAGCAUUCCCCAGCUGGCGGACACGCUGUUCGAGCGCACGGCCAACUCCAGCUGGGUGGUGGUCUUCAAAGCCCUCAUCGCCACCCACCACCUCAUGAUGUACGGCAACGAGGUAGGGAG